GCUCUGAGCUCCAGGCUGCCCCAGUCCUAAGCUCUGCCUGGGAGAUCGCAGCAGUUCCCUCUUUGCCCAGGCUCUGCCAGCAGCUGUAGGUCACCCGGCAGGAACAUGGACAACCCCCCAUACGCCUUCCCGGCCCGCAGCAACCAACUCUUCCCACACCACAACUAUGAGCACCUGAAGGAAGAGCAUGAGAUCGGGGUGGUCUCCCCAGGGUCCACCGUCAACUCCACGGUUAUCAGCAUGCACCCGUACGAGCCCCCGCCCCGCGACCACAUCAUCUGGUCCAUCUUCAGCACCCUCUACGUGAACUUCUGCUGCCUCGGCUUCAUGGCGCUGGUUUUCUCCAUCAAGGCCAGGGAUCGUAAAGUCGUCGGUGACCACAGUGGCGCAAGCAGCUACAGCUCCACUGCCAAGUGCCUGAACAUCAUGGCCCUGGUCCUGUCCCUCUUGCUCAUCCUCGUGAUAACAGGAGUCAUCGUUGUCACACAUGCAACGCAACCUGGAGACUAGACCCACCACAGCCGGCUGGGGAGGGAGGUGUCCUGGCUCUUACCAUGCCUCCCAGGCAGGGCUGUCCCUGCCACACUUCCUACGCUUCCGACCUCUCUCUCCAGCUCUGCUUGCUCCCUCACUACCGGCAUCUGGCUGCCUCCUGCUGUUUGGUGAGCUGGGGAAGAAGCAGUGCUCUCCUCCCGGCUUCAGGGUGGCACACUAGCUGUUGUCCUACAAACAGCUGGCAGCACUAUCAUUCUCAGAGAGGCUCUCUCCCCUUUCCUCCUUUCCACCAACACACUGAGGCACAGGGCUUCAGGCCAAGGCACUGUUGUGCUGCCUCCAUGGGACUCUCCCCAUACCACCCUGCUUCACCUGCCACCACCCUUUCUCUGAGGGUGACUGGCCCACUCUCCAUCCACAGCCCAGAAACUGGGCUGCUCACCGGCUGCCAAGCAGGGCACUGCACAGUGGAGUGAUGUGACCCAGCCCUUCUGGCACAAGGCGACCGGGUGGGCUCCAGGGGAAGGGUGGCAGCUCUCCUGUGGGUGAUGUACCACCCGGCGUCUCUGCAGAGAUGGGCAAUCAUAGAGCAAUUUGGAGUAGACCCACGAGUUGGGGGAACAGCUCUAAUAAACUUUCCUUUCUCUCUUAUAAA